AGCCCGCCGCCCGCCUGGCGUCCCUCGUCCUCGCAGCCUCCUCACCUGGCGCUCGGCCUGCCCAGCCCCGCUCGGCCGCCACUUCCUCCCCGCAAAGUUUCCUCGGAGCAGACACCUUCGCCAAGGGCUGCCCGGGGAGGUGGAUUUCUGAGGCCGUGCCUUGGCGUGGCUCUUCUUCCAGCACCUCUCAGCCUCGUCCCCACCUAAAUCCGAGCGGGAGGUAGAAGAUUUUCCAAAUUCAGGGGAGAAUAGGGGGAGGGGCUUUCAGCCAGAGGAAGAGAGGAGCGGCCACAACUGAGAAUAGGAGCUUCUUCCCUGCCUGCUGCCGGGGACUGAUGGGCCUGUAGGGUUAAAGAAGAAAAUUAAAUAGAAAGCCAAGUUGACCGAGGAGGGGUUUGGCUGGGAGGCUUCCGCUGCCAGGAAGGUUGUCCGCGUCUCCGUUCCUACGGGCGUGAAGAUUUGGAGGCGCCUCCAGUGCGAGGGCUUUUAAAACCGCCAUCACCUCCGGAUCCCUUUGGAAGGAAACGCCGGCAGAGCUGAGGCUCAAGGGGCGGGGGGCGGGGGUCAAGGAAAAGCUCGGACUCGUGUGCAGCGCAUCCUUGGCUUUGGAUUUUAAGGACACGGGCGAGAAUUAAUACCGUCUCAAGGGAAUCUAAUCUGUUGGAGAUGGUUUCAAGAUGUAGAACUCUUAUAUGUGAAGUAUCCCUAAUGAAGUUGGAACAUCCACGUUGAAAUUGCUUCAUGUUUUGAAAUUGAAGAGUACCACGGGAAUGCUGUAUCGCCAUAGCAAGUGCUGCUUGUGCUUCUAGUGUCUCAUGGAUUUUUAAUCAUAUGAGGACUCAUCUAGAAGCUGAGGAAACAGUGGUGAAUAAGAAAAACCAAAUGUCUGCCUUCGGGGAACUUACAUUCUAGUGGAUGAGAUACAGGUCAACAAUAAAUAUUAAAAUAUCAGCCUCCAUACAGAGUCAUGCAAAGAGGUUCAGAGAAGAACACAGAAAGUGGCCACCAUCAGGAUGAAGAACCCAACAAGUCAGACUGGUGAGAAGAGAAAAACAAAAUGCAGCUUUCAAGGUUCACUUCAAGCAAUUGGCUUGUGGGACUCUGAGAGAUGCUGCUUGCCCAUGACAUGUUGGAAUUACCAUGAUCAACUACCCAGUUUGGAUUUCACCCAGUGGCCAGGAGCUUUGCAUGGUAGACAGCAAGGGUUGGAUUUUUAAGAAGAGUAAACCAGGCCCGUGACCAAGGUAUAGACGAAGAGGUGGAGUCAUGCUUCACACGGCCAUAUCAUGUUGGCAGCCAUUCCUGGGUCUGGCUGUGGUGUUAAUCUUCAUGGGAUCCACCAUUGGCUGCCCUGCUCGUUGUGAGUGCUCUGCCCAGAACAAAUCUGUUAGCUGCCACAGAAGGCGGCUGAUCGCCAUCCCAGAGGGCAUUCCCAUUGAGACCAAAAUCUUGGACCUCAGCAAGAACAGGCUGAAAAGUGUCAACCCUGAGGAAUUCAUAUCCUAUCCUCUGCUGGAGGAGAUAGAUUUGAGUGACAACAUCAUUGCCAAUGUGGAGCCAGGGGCUUUUAACAAUCUCUUUAACCUUCGUUCUCUCCGCCUGAAAGGCAAUCGCCUGAAACUGGUCCCUUUGGGAGUAUUCACUGGACUAUCCAACCUCACCAAGCUUGACAUUAGUGAAAAUAAGAUUGUCAUUUUACUCGACUACAUGUUCCAGGACCUGCAUAACCUGAAGUCUCUAGAGGUGGGGGACAAUGAUUUGGUUUAUAUAUCACACAGAGCCUUCAGUGGGCUGCUGAGCUUGGAGCAGCUCACCCUGGAGAAAUGCAACCUAACAGCAGUACCAACAGAAGCCCUUUCCCACCUCCGCAGCCUCAUUAGCCUACAUCUGAAGCAUCUCAAUAUCAACAAUAUGCCCGUGUAUGCCUUUAAAAGACUGUUCCACCUGAAACAUCUAGAGAUUGACUAUUGGCCUUUACUGGAUAUGAUGCCUGCCAAUAGCCUCUAUGGUCUCAACCUCACAUCCCUUUCUAUCACCAAUACCAACCUGUCCACAGUCCCCUUCCUUGCCUUUAAACAUCUGGUGUAUCUGACCCACCUUAACCUCUCCUACAACCCCAUCAGCACUAUCGAAGCUGGCAUGUUCUCUGACCUGAUCCGCCUUCAGGAGCUGCACAUAGUGGGCGCCCAGCUCCGCACCAUUGAGCCUCACUCCUUCCAAGGGCUCCGCUUCCUUCGUGUGCUCAAUGUGUCUCAGAACCUACUGGAAACUUUGGAAGAGAAUGUCUUCUCCUCCCCUAGGGCUUUGGAGGUCCUGAGCAUCAAUAACAACCCACUGGCCUGUGACUGCCGUCUCCUCUGGAUCCUGCAGCGGCAUCCCACACUGCAGUUUGGGGGCCAGCAGCCCAUGUGUGCCGGCCCUGACACCAUCCGUGAGAGAUCAUUCAAGGAUUUCCACAGCACUGCCCUCUCUUUUUACUUCACCUGCAAAAAACCCAAAAUCCGUGACAAGAAGCUGCAGCAUCUGCUAGUGGAUGAAGGGCAGACGGUCCAGCUCGAAUGCAGCGCUGAUGGAGACCCUCAGCCUGUGAUUUCCUGGGUGACACCUCGGAGGCGUUUUAUCACCACCAAGUCCAAUGGAAGAGCCACUGUGUUGGGCGAUGGCACCUUGGAAAUCCGCUUUGCCCAGGAUCAAGACAGCGGGAUGUAUGUCUGCAUCGCCAGCAAUGCUGCAGGGAAUGACACCUUCACGGCCUCUCUAACGGUGAAAGGAUUCACCUCAGACCGCUUCCUUUAUGCCAACAGGACCCCUAUGUACAUGACGGACUCCAAUGACACCAUGUCCAAUGGCACCAAUGCCAAUACCUUUUCCCUGGACCUUAAAACAAUACUGGUGUCUACGGCCAUGGGCUGUUUCACAUUCCUGGGAGUGGUUUUAUUUUGUUUCCUCCUCCUUUUUGUGUGGAGCCGAGGCAAAGGCAAGCACAAAAACAGCAUUGACCUCGAGUACGUGCCCCGAAAAAACAAUGGUGCUGUUGUGGAAGGGGAGGUGGCUGGACCCAGGAGGUUCAACAUGAAAAUGAUCUGAGGGUCUACUACUCACACACUUGUUUCUGUGUCGUCGUUGGUAACCAGUGAGACAGCUGGCACAGUAAAGUACUAGGGUAAAAGGUGGCCUCAUGCAGCUGACCCUGUGUCAAAGCAGGGUCCAUGGAAGCAGGAGGACUUCUCAUGGAGACUCUCCACCUAGAGGCAGGCAGACAUAUGUCAGAGCCCUUCACAGUGGGAUACUAAUUGUUUGCAUUGCAAAUAUUGGCAUUCUGGGGAUCUCAGUAAUGAACCUGAACCUUUGGCUCAUGCUCAUGGACAGUUACUCAACAUUUUCUACCACUGCAAAAACAAAAGAAAAAAAAAAAAAAAGGAACAACCUACAAUGUAGGAUUUACAUAUUAAAAGACGCAUUUGUCUAAAACAUACUCUACAGAAAAAUUUGUAUCUAUGAUUCUCAUUUGUUAAAGCCUUGCAUCAUACCAUAUUGUUGAUUCAGCACCACAAAGAAAUCAAUAUAUUCUUUACUCUUUUUUUGAAACAUAUAUGCUGUAUAUGUUUUAAGCAAUAUGAAUGAGAGGUUGUGCUUUUAGUUACUCACCAUUAUAGAUCCAAGUGUGAUUUCACUUUCCUUUACAUAGAGAUGACCCUGAGACUAGAUCCCUGGAGCUAUGGGCGGAGAUAUGCAGAAUGAUGCAUUUGUCUGAUGUAGGAAGCCAAGAAAUAGGGCCCAAGGAAAAACUGCUCAACUCUGUUAACUUCUGUUACUAUAAAUAAAGGCAUGUGCCUAGUUUUGAUACA